ACGAACCAGCUGAGAUUUGUUUUCAAACUGUCCCCCGAUGGCUGCGUGACAGGUCCACUGAACGCGCAAGAAGACGCACACGGUUCCAGGAUUUGGACUGCUUCACGCAUCUCUUUCCCUGUCUUGAGUCGUUUUUAUUAUCGUGUGUUGGGAACUCCGUUCAAUCAUGGAUACCUACAGGUCCUUCACCGCUCUACUUUUACUUCUGGCUUCGUUAAAUAGUGUGUCAACCGUGCAGUUCCCGUCGCCACUUCUGAUAAAGGAAUGGGUGGAGCAGAUGCAGCAGGAGCUGGUCACACUGACGGACACAGCCAGCGGAGUGCAGAACCUCAUACAGAUCUUCCAGAGCCACAGGAAGUACUUCAGUGUGGGUCCAACGAUGCCAGCCAGCUGGUGGCUAUGCAGCGGGGAACAUUGAGAAUCUCCUGGCCAACCGUUCUCGUGCUCUCAAGGUGAGUACCAG